AAUAGAUCAUCCAAGCGAUAUUAACCGUUGAGAAAGCCUUGGUCCAAUCGUCGGUGGUGUCGAGUCCAGGGUGGCAAAAUCGUUUGCCCUUAAUGUUCCAUAUACUCUUCACAUCUUUAUUGACUAGAACGACCAUUUUGAAGCGUUCCUUUUCUACCAAGAAAUGUUAAUUGUCCAUUUAGACGAACGUAGACAGUGGCAUGAUCAUUAAUUGCUAUCUUAUCAAUUACCCAUUUGGAAUAAUCUUAGCUCGUUGGUGACUAGAAUGUUGUAUUCCCUGUAUGCAGAUGCAGCGACUAGAUCUUCCGGUUCCAAAACAGUUAAAUCAGCUGUGUCCGUGGUCAGUCGCCGCAGGCAAUUAAAUCUGCACAAUUUAAAUCCCUUAAGUCGAGCUUUGAUUGAUAGCGAUGGAUUUCACUCACCUGUCAUUUCCAAUGACACACUCUAUCAUGCUCCUCGGUGUGUUCAAUUGCGGGCAAAACUGACGUAUAUUUUUCGCCGUGUGCACGCUUUCCACGACGCAUAGUUUCACUGAAAGUUUCGUUUCGCCGCUUUACAUCGUAAUUCCAUUAAUCUUGGACCACUCGAGGGGAAAUCGCAUAUUUAACGGAUCUAAUCGUGUCUGGUGUCGACUAUAGUGCAUCGGCAAGUUCAAUGCUCGAAGAAUAUCCACUAUACGAUACGUCGAGACAUUUGUGCGUUUAAGUCUGAAUCUAUACAUAGCUGCUUCUGGCUUAGGUCCGCAGCUCCGUAUAGAGUACAAGUAACAUGUUCGCCAGAAGAAUUCAAUUAAAAGGUAACGAUGAUCAUUCACGAUGUCUAGACUUCCUUAAAUUACGUAGACGCAACAAUUGUUCUCAUAGAAUGCUUAAUAAUUUGAUAAAUAUUUAACAUUGUUCCAGUUACGAUCAGAUCGGAAAGACUUUUAAAUACUUUUUAAGGAAAGAAUACUAAAACCAUUUACUCACAUUUUUCAGAGCCGAUAUGCUGGCUAAACAGCACAAGCAGGAUGAAAAGACCGCAUAAUCGGUCGUUCAUUUUCGUCCAGUCCCGCAGCAUCCUUAUUGAACUCUGAAUCUUAACACAACGCUGGGCACAAGGCCUUUAUUCAUCUCAAACGCUAGGAUUUAUAUUCACGGAGAAAGAGACAUCAGUGAGUUCACAUUUCCACAAGCACAGCUAUCGCUUCAUUACUAACGACGAGAUAAACGUUUUUUUUAAUACGUACACGGCCCCUGUUACGAGCACGCAAAUCGGAUAACCGGCCUGACUCUCUCCUCUUGCACAUAUACGCCUCUAAUUCACUUCUCGAUCCCCAGUAACUGAUCAAUACAGAAGAUACAACUUGUUUCGCCACGAAGGGGGGUCCGUAGGACCGAGACCGCUAGGUAAGCACUCGCUUUCGCCUAUCCUUGAAGAUCACGUGCGAAGAAAAGGGGGAAUUAAAAGGACGAGCAUAACCGAACCGGCCGGCCGAUCAGACUUAAUUUAAGUCUCCGGCAGACCAACACGAAUAUACCGCAGCCGUCGGCGAACAAUCUUUCAAUAUUUUCGUCGAUGCAAAAGCUCCCACGGAUUCAACGUGAAUAUUCAACGACUGGUGGAUAUUUUGUGAAUACACAUCGUCACGGUGCACGCGACUAUUAAUAGAAAUUUCUUGUGUCGGUGUCAACAAAUACAAAUUCUACUGCCGCAGCGAACAUUCGCGUUGGUCUCUUUAAAAAUCUUGAGAUGUGUGCGCAGAAGUUCUUCGCGAUAGUAUCAAUACGCGCGCGAAUAUUUUGUAAAAAUUCUCAGCAAUGUACUCGCAAUGUAUCGGGAUGCGGGAGGAAUGACCGAUAAUCUGGAUCCGAUGCAAGGACGAAGGAAUCUUGAAAUAUACAAUAUUAUGUAUCAAUAGUACACAGCUUGGUGCAGCUGUACACGAGAAAGUUAACGAACACAUAUUCACACAUAUUGUAUCCAAAACAGUCCCUCCGACCUCUCGACCCGACUUCCAACGAGCGUUUGCUAUAAAAAAACACGUAUGUUCAUUCCACGUUGUUUUAAUAUAUUCUGACGCAGCAGAGUAAGAUUUUGCGCACAGAGAAAUGCCAUUGUCGAACGAUAAUGGAUGUGCAGAAAACACUCGUUGUUUCAACAAUUAUCAACAGAGCAAAUGUUUCUCUGCAAAAAUGACAGCUCGUAACCUGCGUUCGAAGCAUAAAUCGAACCUCAUAUACGUCUAAAAAUUUCAGACGUCUUCAAAAUUUUCUAUCGUAUGAUGUAAACAUAUUUUUAUAUCAAUAAUCUAUGUCGUAAGAGCAUACUUAUGUAUGAUACAGUAUCUCUACUUUUUUUUUGGCACAUUAUAUUUUAUCUUGACGAGUUUCAGUCUUCAUGAAACUUGAAUACAUUCAGACGAUUAGUCAAAUAGAAUUCAAUUGGAGCAUCUUCGUUCGAUAUCUCUGUUCUACUUCGGAAAGAGAAAAAAUGAAGCUAAAUUAUAAACAGUUGCCUGUAAAGGCACACUAUUUCUUCUUUAUGGCAGCAAUGGGUCCAAUUUUGCCAUUUUUCCCAGUUUAUGGAAAACAGCUUGGGGUAUCGCCAGUAGUCAUGGGCAGCAUUACAGCUGUUUUACCGAUUUUAUUUUUAAUCGCCAAACCAGCUUUUGGAUAUCUAGUGGAUUACUUUGUUUCUUGGAGAAAAACAAUUUUUAUAAUGAUACUAGCAACAACAAGCAUUUCUUUCAUUUGCAUGUACUUCUUGCCAGCUCUUCCAGAACCAAUUUUGCCAAACCAUAUGUUUGAAAAUAUGUCUUGCGCUUCAUUGAAACACUGCUCACCAGAGGACACCACGCAGCCAGGUUUGUGCAUGGGAGCAAAGUAUACAACGUGCCAUUGGAAUUGUACCAACAAUAAUUUUUCUGUGCUUAUACAGUUUGAAGAAAUUGAAGGAGAAGUAAGCUUUACUGAGAAUAACACAUGCCUAACAGACACAAAUGCUGUUUCGCAUUGUUCUAAAAGUGAUAAUUGCAAAGUUAGCUGUGAUAAUUUUAAUGAUAAGCAUUGCCUUUAUACUUCCAUAACUUUCUGGGGCUUUAUUAUUUUAAUGUCCCUUGGAAACAUUGGCUUUAAUGUUUGUAAUAGUAUAAGUGAUGCAAUUUGUUUUGAUGUACUUGGGGAAGGCGGACAAAUGAGCUACGGUAGACAACGUGUAUGGGGAACAAUAGGUUUUGGAAUUGCCGCUUUUCUGGCCGGUUACGCGGUAGAUUAUUGGUCCGAGGGAAAAAUGAUAAAAGUUUACACACCCGCGUUUCUACUAAUAUUUAUUUUCUCGUUUUUUGACAUACUUUGCUGUAGGAAAUUGAAAUUACCAAUUAUGUCUGGUUCAGGAAAUAUAUUAAAAGAUGUCUUUCAACUUUUGAAGUUAAAACCUAUAAUUAUUUUUCUCUGUUUUGCAACAAUUGCUGGUAUUAUAGAUAGUUUUAUAAUUUAUUUUUUAUUUUGGUAUUUGGAAGACUUGGCUUUAGUAACUGGACAUAUGAGUGAAAUUAAAUUGAUUGAAGGUUUAAUUGUUGCAGCACAAACCCUGGGUGGUGAAGUAAUAUUCUUUUCUCUGUCUGGUAAGAUUCUAAAGAAAUUGGGGUUUGGAUAUACAUUUACAUUUUGUUUCGUAUCUUAUGCGUUACGACUGGGUUUAAUAUCAUUGGCAUCUACACCAUGGUGGGUAAUUCCUAUAGAAUUAUUUAUGCAAGGUCCCACCUAUGCUCUGUGUUACACAUCAAUAGUUGCAUAUGCAAGUAAGAUUGCACCACCUGGAACAUCAGCUACUGUUCAGGGUAUUGUAGCUGGCAUGGAUGAUGGAUUCGGUUUUGCGAUUGGUAGUUUGGUAGGUGGCAUUUUAUACAAACUAUUAGGAGGUGUUACAACGUUACGUUUGCUUUCGUCACUUGCUGCAGUGGCUGCAUUAAUGUACUUCAUUUUACAUUUGCUGUACCUAAAGCAUACAAUGCCAGAAACAAAAAGCACUGUGGAAUGGAAAUCGCCUGAGGAAGCGAAGAAUGCAUGCGUUGCCGCAGAAACGUGACAAUAGGAGAGAUGUGAUCGGGAACUUAUUUCCAAAGAAAAUGAAAUUUUUUAUGAAUAUUUCUAACAUACAUUAACAUGUGCAGAUAUUAUUAAUUAUGACAAAUAACGUAACAUGUUGUUUACGUAGUAAAUUUCAUCAUGAAACGUUUUUAAAAUAAAUGAAACUAACGUUGAAAA